CAUAUGAUGUGCAGUGUAAACAAAACCUUAUCAGCUUUACUAUAAUAAUCGCAAGCCAUUUUAUCAAUUUUUGACCGCAUAUCAGGUAGUUUAACAUUGAAAUUUGUUGGUUGCUGUAAUUUGGAUAUCAUUGACUACCAGAGCAAGCAAUGGCGGAAGCGAAAGUUGCGUACAAUUAUCUCGGCAGGACGGGGGUCCAAGUCUCAAACCUGUGUUUGGGCACAAUGACGUUUGGGGAAGGGUUAAUACCAGUUGCAACUCAGCUUAAUGAAGAAAUGUCACAUAAGGUAAUGGACAGAUAUGCUGAGCUUGGAGGCAAUUUCUUGGACACUGCCAAUGUUUAUGGACUUGGUGCAUCAGAGAGAGUGGUCGGCAGCUGGCUUAAAAAACAAGAUCGCAGCAGUUUUGUCCUGGCAACUAAAGUUAGGGGCCAGAUGGAUAAGAAUAACGUGAACAAAGUAGGUCUUAGCAGACGACAUAUUGUAGAAAGUUGUGAAGAAAGUCUAGGACGACUUCAGACCAGUUACAUAGACCUUCUGCAGGCGCAUGUUUGGGAUAACGGAACACCAAUUGAAGAGACGUUGCGGACAUUCGAUGAUCUCGUGAGAUGCGGGAAAAUACGAUAUUUUGGUGUUAGUAACUUCUGUGGCUGGCAAUUGCAAAAAGUGGUCGACAAAAUUGAAAUGAUGGGUCUGAAUUCAUGCGUUUCACUUCAGCAACAAUACAACUUACUUGCGCGUCAGUCUGAGUUUGAAGAAUUCAUGGUCUGUGCAAAUGAAGGUAUUGGCGUGUUACCAUGGAGUCCUCUGAAAGGUGGGGUUCUAACUGGCAAGUUUGAGAGAAAUAAGACUCCAGACGCUAAGGGAAGCAGGAUAGGAUUUAUAGCCCAAGACGAAUCUAAGGCCAUGCAAGCAGCACCUGCUUGGAGCAAAUUAAACGAUGAUGAAGGAUACUGGAAUCUGAUGGAUAUAAUGAAGGACAUAGCGAAAAAUCACGGUAAGACUGUUCCGCAAGUAUCCCUCCGCUGGCUUUUACAGAAGGAUGUUGUCUGUUCGGUUAUAAUCGGUGCUACAUCUUUGAAACAGCUUGAAGAUAAUAUGGGAGCAAGUACUGGAUGGGCUCUUUCGGAGGAGGAGAUGUCUCGUCUGGAUGAGGCCAGUCCAAGAGUAAAUUUGUACCCGUACGAGAUGAUCUGGAGAAUGAACAGCGUUAGAACGAACCCUUUUAACAGAUCAAAUAAACUUUAAGUGACAAUUUGCACACAAGGUUUACCAUAAUAGUUCUUACUUGUCACAACGCGUAAUAUUCUUACUUGUUCCUGUCGUUAUUACGAAUGGAAAAAGAACACAGAUUGUUAGCAUGUAUGAACAUGAUUGUUUUUGCAUUAAAUUGAGAAUGGAGUA